AUGGUGUCCAACCAAUACCUGCUUGCCGUGGCCCUAUGCUUCGUCAACUUGGGGAGGACUCUCCCGGUGCUCCCCGUGGCCAACUCGACAGGCAUCUCGUGGCAUCCGGCUGGCCACACGCAAUCCACAUGCGACCCGUCGACGUUUGAUGAGUCCUCAAGCAAGAAUCCCGCCGACUGGAGAGAAUGUGCGAGCCUCUACAGUUCGUGGACCACACAGAACGGCACCUUCAAACUCGCCGGCGUCGAUGGCUUCACGCCGAUUCUCCAGACAACAGACUGCACGCUCGCAGUCAAGCCCGCCAAUUCUUCCAUGGAACCCUUCACCAUUGGCGACAGAGACGUCAAAGCACUGCUGGAGACGAGUCUCCGGAGGUUUUCUGCCGGUACGGACUUGGGAGUUGGCGGCGUAAUCAAGUGUGCCUCGGCGACUUGCAGCAAGGGAGAUGUCAACUGGCGAAUUUCAAAGUCACAGGGCGGUAGAAAAUGA